CCGCCAGAGGGCGCCAGCAUUUGAGGCAGGAGGCGCUGCUUGGUUUCACCUUCAGCCCGAAAAUCCAAUCUGAUGAAACUUUAGCGCCGCUUUUGGGGGGACAAGACCACCAUGAACGGCUCUGCUCCCGGGACUCCGGCGGCGCUGGACAUCCAGCUGAAGCGCGGACCAGCCGGUUUGGGGUUUAAUAUCGUGGGCGGUGUUGAUCAGCAGUUUGUGUUGAAUGACAGCGGCAUCUAUGUGGCCAAGAUCAAAGAGAACGGAGCGGCUGCUCUGGAUGGACGACUGCAGGAGGGAGACAAGAUACUGGCGAUAAAUGGUCAUAAGCUGGAGAACCUGCCUCACAGCGCUGCAGUGGAACUGUUCCGGAACGCAGGAGAGGACGUCCAGCUACGAGUUCAGCCCAAAUCCCAGCUCACAGCAAACGGUCCUGCCACCUCGCGCGGGGACGGAGACUCGUCCUCGUCUGUCCUCCCUCUGAUUGCCAUUGGGGUCGCCACAGUGAUUCUAGGGUUCUUCGUGUGCAAACGUCUCUUCGGCUCCCGGAGGCCGUUUUAACCUCUUUCCAGUCACACGUUUUAAAGACAAACCUUAUGAACUUUUUUUUUUUUUUUUUUUUUUUUUUUUUUGCUGAAGGCCAAAAAAAAAAAAUGUGACAACAAAAUGGAAACGGAGCAAAAAGAGCAAGCGAGAAAGUUUCCCUGAUAGCAAAAUGAAUAUAAUUAUCACAGUAAACUGUUAGCUAUACGAGUGAUAAUCAUGCAUAACCAGACAUUCGUAGGCUGUUGUGUCGUAGCUCGGCGGAGAGAGAGAUAGCGGAGGAUGGAGAAGAUGGAGACCUGCCGAGGGACCAAACCGGCCGUUCCUCCCGUCCUGUAGGGGAGCUGCGGGACGUUCCUGAGUGGAGGACGUUCAGGAAACGUAAACACGGCAUGUCGUACGCCACGACAAUGAGGCUAAACCUUUAGUUAGCCAGUUUCGCUAAUGCUCAUAAGCGUAGCAUGAGCUAAUGGCCCGUUAUAAACCACAGCGAUGCUAGUAAUGCUGCGUAUCUGUCCUGCUCCUGUACCUGCGGCGUGUUCGUGUACGUUCAUCUCGCUCGCUGGUUGUAGUGGAGGUGCAGGUUAAGUGUGUGUGAAGUACAGUACUUGAGUACUUGAGUAAAAGUAGAGGUACUCUUCACAGAUGAGUAUUGAGUAUUCAUUACAUUUACAUUAAUGUGUUUUUUCCUACUUGAGUAAAAAUAGAUGUUAAGUUCCAGCUUUAGUAGAAGUACCGAAGUGCUCAGCUGAAUACUUAAGUUCUGCUAAGGAGUCCUGUGUGAGACGAGGCUGGUUGGCUGUUUGUGUCUCUCCUUUUGUCGCAGUUGUUCAUCAAAACAGUUACUUUCUACUUUCGGUACUUGGGUACAUUCACAAGUAAGUACCUUUGUACUUUUUGGCUUGAGUACAAAUAUGGAGUACUUGUAGUUUUACUCGGGUAGACAUGGGCAGAAUCUUGUACUUUACUCAACAUGAAAUACUUUUACUUAAAUCAUUUUUGCCAAGCUUAUUUCUACUUUUAGUAAAGUACGGCAGGUACUGUACUCCGCCCGCCGCUGCGUCUGCAGUGUGGCUGAUUAUCGAUGGCUGAUUGUUCAGUGGCCUCAGCAGAGAUGACGUCACGUGACAUCCUCAUCUGUCAAGGUCACUAAUGGGAACUCUACUUGAUUUGCUGACUGAAGCUGCUGCACUGCCCUCUGCUGUCCGGUCUGUGUAAGUGCAGCUAGUGAAAGUGCUGUGAAGCGCAGCGCUCCGGUUCCUGUGUGUGGGAUCCACUGUGUGUGUGUGUGCGUGCACUUACGUUCUGGAGGUUCAGCCAUUUGGUCAAAUGGGGGGACCUGCUUUUGAAAAGCCUUAUCAGCAUGAAUGAAACGCACCUGUUCACUGUCCUGUCACUUCCCUUGUUGAAUCCGCAUGUGCAUCACGCUUUGAAUAAAUGAUUUGUUACAAGUA